CCCUGGGGCCUUAUGACCUCCCCCCCUCACCCGCUGGAGCCAGGCUCACACCAUGGCCACGCUGGCGGCCUUCCUGCUGCUCUGGGGUCUCUCGCUGAGCCCGGCGGCCGAAGCGGCCACAUUUAUUGAUACCCGGCCGGACCUGUGGGCAGAGGCUGGCUCGCUGCAGGAACCCUGGGCCAACCUGACCCUGGUCUGCCGCGCCCUCCUGGGCACCUCGGACUUUCAGCUGUUCAAGGACGGGGAGCUCCAGGAGCGGGUGCGCUUCAGUGAGGGGGGCUUGGAGCAUCGCUUCCCACUGGGGGCGGUGACGGCGGACACGCAGGGCCUGUACCGCUGCCGCUAUGCCAUGGGCGAGAACAGAUGGACCUCGCUGAGCAACCUGGUGGAGGUGACUGGGGCAGACACCCUGCCCGCACCCGAGCUCUCCAGCAAGCCCGUGUCCUGGAUCUCACCGGGCCUGACCCCCACCCUGCUGUGCCGAGCGGGACUCGCGGGGGUGACCUUCCUGCUGAGGCGGCAAGGCGACGACCAGUUCCUGGAGGUGGCGGAGGCCCCCGAGGCCGUGCAGGCCACCUUCCAGGUCCACCGGGCCGGCAACUACAGCUGCAGCUACCGCACCCACGAGGCCGGCGCCCCCUCUGAGCCCAGCGCCACCGUGACCAUUGAGGACAUGCCCAGGCCGCCGCCGCCCAGGCUGAGCGUGGAGCGGGAGUCCGGGGAGUCCGCCGCCGUCCUGUUCCCGUCGAGUCCCCAGGUCUCGCUGAGAUGCGUGGCGCCCGUGGAGGGCGUGGAGUUCCAGCUGCGGCGCGGGGACCAGGAGCUCCUGGUCAGCAGCUGGGGCACCACCCCCGGCACCGUCAACUUUGAGCUGAAAUCCCUGAAGCCCGCGGACAGCGGCCUGUACACCUGCCGCUACCAGCUGCGCGGGGAGGACCUGCCCUGGUCCCUGGACAGCGCGCCCGUGGAGCUGCUGCUAAGCGAUGAGUCGCUGCCGGCGCCCGAGCUCUCCGCCGAGUCGGUGACCCCGCUCUCGGGGCCGGGCGCGCGGGUGAAGAUGCAGUGCCGCGCGCCGCGGGCCGGGCAGCGCUUCGCGCUGGUGCAGGAGGACGCGGGCGGGCGGCGCCGGGUGCGCGGCCUCCAGAGCCCGGAGGGCAAGGAGGCCCGGUUCGAGCUGCGCGACGUGUCGCCGAUGGACUCGUCCAACUACAGCUGCGUCUACGUGGACCCCGCGCGGCCCGGGGGCUCCGCGCCCAGCGCGCGCCUGGAGCUGCGCGUGGACGGACUCCUCCCCAAGCCGCGGCUCCGGCCCCUGUGGAGCGGGAAGGUGAGUCCGGGCCGGGACGCUGCCCUGCGCUGCGAGACCCCUGUGGCCCACCAAUCCUUGGAGCUGCUGGCAGCAGGCGAAGUGGUGGCCUCCGCGUAUGGCCCCUCCGAGGACCUGGUGCUGACCUACGUGGGGCCCCAACACGCCGGCAAGUACAGCUGCCGCUACCGCUCCUGGUGGCCCCUGGUGUCUGAGCUGAGCGACCCCGUGGAGCUCCAGGUGGCAGAACGCUGAUCCAGCUGCAGACCUGGCUGCUGAGGGUCUCCUGGUUCCCUCUGGCCCUGCUCCUCCUGCUGCAGCUCGAGGCUGGACCAUGCCCGGAGCAGGGAGAGUGUGUGUGGGGGGCGUCAGGAGGGCUCCCCC